UGCUUUCUCUCCCUCUUCAUCACCACCGCCUGCCCGCAACCCCCCAGGGCGCCCGUUCCCCCCUCAGCAUGCACAAGAUAUCCAACUUCACGGGCCAGGCCCGGCACGGCUGGGAAAAGAUGACGCCGUCGGCAGGCUUCCCGUUCUCGCGGAGCAACCACGAGAUGCCCGUUACAGCGCCGCUCAAGCGCCCCAGCACCGCGACGGCCGCGCCGCCCGUCAUCCCGCCUGGCACGCAGGUCAACCUCAGCUUCAAUGUGCCCUUCAGCAGCAAUCUGGCGGGGCCUGACCCUGACGACGUCAUGUGGGCGAGCCCGGGAGCAAAGGCGCGCUGGACCAUGCCGGAAGGGACGGCUGAGGGCACACCCACGCACAAGCUGCCCGUCCACGCCCAGAACGUCGACAAUCUGCGCGCCCUGUGCCGCGACGUCGGCGAGCAGACCGAGGGCCGCGUCGCCGCCACGGUCGUGUCCGCCGAGAGCAAGCCGCUGCCCGGCCUGCAGCGGGGCCCGUUGCGCGCCCUCGUCACCAACGUGUGCCUGUCCGGCGAGCUGGAAAUUGUGAACUCGAUGCGGUGCAAGAUGCUCAAUAGCACGCCCAUCUCUCUGCGGUCGUCGUUCGUCGACAUCGACUCGGAUCUCAUCAUCGACCGCGCCACCCAGAACAUCAAGGGCGCCGUGCUGAACCAGUUGGAUCUAAUCGCGAAGACGACCAAGGCUGACGUCUUCCUGCUGAUGCCGAAGACGCCGGACAUCGAGUCGGCGAGCUUCAACGGCAACCUCGACUCAACUAUGGACCCGCGUCUGCGCUGCGCCAUUUACGGCGACCUCGAGACCAUGGAGCACGCCAAGACGCGCGUGCUGAUCAUGAUUGACCAGAUCCUGAAACGAUACGUUGACACGAUGAAGCUCGAGCUGACCAUGCACACGCUGAUCUGCGGCCGUGGACGCAAGAACAUUAAGAUGAUCGAAUCCGCCACAGGCACCGCCAUCUACUUCCCCCCGCCGUUCCCGAGAUUGUUCGGAUACACGCCCCCGGGUGCGCAGAGAAGGCCCGACGAUUUGGUAUACAUCACAGGCGAGAACUCAGAGUGUAUCCUGCGUGCCAAGCAACGACUGCACGAUCUUGUCAUGUCCACCAAGGUGUUUGUGAAGCCCGUCAUGGUGACUGACACCAAGCUUGACGCCAUUCUGCUCGAGCGCCUCGACAAAGUGCGCAAGAUCAUCGAGAACAACGGCUCGUAUAUUUUGCUGCCACCGCUAGGCGUCCAGCGAGGUGUUGUUCGCGUGCAGGGUACUGAUGUCCUGCAUGUCGAGCGCACAGUGCGCGAACUGAUGGCUCUCGCUGGACAGUUCUACAGUGCCUCGUGGUUCAUCACUCACCCUGAUCCUACACAGCGCCCACCCACCGCAGCUGAUGUUCGCGCUAUGCUCUCCGAUAUUUGCAUCAACUCCGGUGCCGAAGUUAGCUUCGAGAAGCUCAACUUCCACAUCUAUGGCUCAGACGAUGCUGUGCGAGCCGCUUUGAUGGUGAUUAGCAACAUCCCAUUUGUGAAGAAGUCUCAGUACAACAUGAGUGUCAAGAUUGAGCUUGCCAACGAACACAAAGAAUUCGUCAGCGGUAAGAAGAACGGUAAGAUCAACAAGAUCAUGAGCCACAGCAGCGUGCAGAUUGUGUUCGACGGCUUCAACGAGUACAACUUCUACAUUGUAGUUCGUGGUGCACAGUACGAAGCGACCAAGAACGGUCUCGACCUCGUUGAACAGGAGAUGCCUGCCGCCAUCUCCUUCCACGUCCCAGAUCAGUACCACAAGCGCAUCAUUGGUAUUGGUGGCCAGCACAUCCAGCGAAUCAUGAAGAAGUACUCCGUCUUCGUCAAAUUUUCCAAUGCGAUGGACCGUGGAGGCUUUGGCAAGGAGGAAGAUGACAUCAAGGUCGACAAUGUCAUCUGCCGCACCCCUGCUCGCAACGCCCAGAAUCUCGACCUUGUCAAGCAGGAGAUUAUGGAUAUGGUCGAGAAGGCCGAUGCUGAGUUUGUCUCUGAGACGAUUAACAUCAAUCGUCUUUACCACCGUGAGCUUAUUGCUCGCCUCGACAAGAUCGACGAACUCGAGAAGAAGUUCAACUGCAAGAUCACCUUCCCCAGUACUGAGGAAGCGAGUGACACUGUUACUGUCUCUGGCCCUGAGUACCAGGUGCCAUUGGCAGUAGACGAGUUCCUGGGUAUGGUUCCAGAAGCUCACGAACUGUCUUUCCCUUCGGCCACCGAGCUCUCCGAGCACAUGCGCUCUGCCGAUUUCAAGGCUGAAGUUCUCGACAAACUUGAGACUCAGCACGUAGUUGAUGCUCGCCUCAAGGACCCCAUCACCGAGACGAUUGAGGGCAAGGAGCAGACGAUCGAGACGCUCCACCUCAACUUCACUCGCAACAAUGCUGGCGGUCUGAAGGAUGCCCUUGACUUCCUGAUCAACCAUCUUGUCAUGCACGGACUGGACGCCAACACCAUCAGUGGCAACCUUCCACGGCCCAAGUCUGACUCGUUUGAAGAUUCGCUGCCCUUCUUCGAGUCUAAACUGCUCCAACGCGCUGAGCCUCCCGUCGACAACACUGACUCUCCAACUCGCUCCCACUUCGGCGACGAGGAUACGACCCGUCCUGUUGGCAUGCUCGACCGCCUCCGCAAGCCGGGCAGUAUGUCCUCGUUCACCUCCAUCUUCAAUGGACGCAAGAACACCAACUCCCCUGGGUCUCUCUUCAAGCACGCCUCCAGCAACGCCUCGAAGGCGUCACUUGCCAGCCUGGAGUCCACGGGUAGCUACCGCAACCCCUGGAACGACAGCGGCAUCAACCUUGCAGACGACGAGCACCACACCAAUGGCUGGCCUCAGCCCAUGCCAACCCCCCGUUACGAAUCCAAGUUUCCUUUUGGUUCUUCUUCCGCGGCACCUGGAGACGUCACUCCCAGGUAUGAUCCGCGGGGCUCCGUGGACAGCGGUCGCCCCAGUACUUCUCAUUCUGCAUCUGGAUACCCGGCCCCUAUUGGGCCUCCUCGUUAAAUGAUACACCAUUUUCGACGUCUCGACUUGAUAUUCAGCGCCGGCCAUACCUUUACGAAGAAUACCCCUGUCUGCGCCCCGCACGACUGUACCGGUGCCGGCACGCGCGUGUUGUGCACGAACGACAAAAGAAUUAUACCCCUCUCUAUACUGGCGCGUCAAGUGCAAAAGCGGUAUUUAUCUGCUUUUGGCUGGUGUUGAAGUGCUGCACAUGAUAUCAUUGUUGCAAGUUGUUACUUUGCUUUGCUGUUAGGCUUUGUGCUGGAAUGUUUUUGUAUUAAGGCGCGUGUGGUAUUUGAAAUGAUUCCCCCUCGGCGCAAAAAGAAUAUAUACCAAUUUGCUGCUUA